GUGAAAGACUCAUGGGAGGGAUCUUGACGUCUAUCAUUUUGGAGCAGUGAGAGAUCCAGACGCACAGAGUACACUGCCUCUCUUCAGAUGUGACAGCGCCAACACAACAUCAAGAGCACCAUUAAAACGCAUCAUCGCUUUUUAACAGACGAUAUGAUUUAGAGAGAAGUGUGUUUGGGUAGAACACAUAUGAUGGAACCCCGUAAUCUUCUGGACUAUAUGUGGAUAAGUUUUUCCAAAUCGGAUUUAUCUGCGCAUUUGUUUGCGGAGACGCACAUCUGAGGGGGGUUUUAAAGAUCUUUAUUAGCGUAUGGAUUUGACUCAACUCAAUUAAUCAGGAGAUCACAGCGAGCUGGGUUACCAUUCAGGACAUCCUUGGAAUAUUACUUUCUGUUAACACAAUGUAUGGAAUAAAUCAGCGCUGCUUGUACAUAUCUUUUCACUUCUUCGUGGUGUGGUGCCACGCGCAGGGGGAGAAGAAUCACCCUUCUCCUAAUUUUAAGCAGUAUGUGAGGGAACAGGGCUCACUGACGGACCAGCUGAGCCGGCGGCAGGUCCGAGUCUACCAGCUGUACAGCAGAACGAGCGGCCGACACGUGCAGAUCCAGGGCAAGAGAGUGACCGCCACCGCAGAGGACGGAAACACUUUCGCCAGACUUUAUGUGGAGACAGACACCUUUGGAAGUCGCGUUCGGAUUAAAGGAGCAGAGAGUGGCAGAUACUUGUGCAUGAACCGCAGGGGAAAGCUAGUGGGCAAGCCCAAUGGCCGAGGAAGGGAUUGCAUCUUCACAGAGAUCGUGCUGGAGAACAACUACACUGCUUUCCAGAACGCUAAAUAUGAAGGCUGGUAUGUGGCCUUCAGCAGGAAAGGUCGGCCCAUCAAGGCUUCCAAUACCAGGGAGAACCAGCGAGAGGUUCACUUCAUCAAGCGCCUCCACAAAGGUCCACUUCCCUUCCCAAACUCAGACCAACCCAAACAAUUUGAGUUCAUUAGCUUUCCACCGACCCAACGGGCUAAACGCAACAGAAAAUCCCAUGCUUCUUCCUAACACCAUGCCACAUGGACUCAUCUGACUUUUUUAUUUUAAUAAUAAAAAGAGGCAGCUUUAUUUUUGUAAAUGUUUGUACUUAAUGGACUUGUAACAAGCCAACCAUGCUGAAUGGAUGCUCAUUGUAAAGGGGUGACUUGUAAAUACGGUAUGACAGUAGAAAAGAAUCUAUGUAUUGUAAAUAAGGUGGCAUUUUUAUGCGUUGCGUGAGCAUUUUGUACAGACUCUGAAGACAACAUGCUCAAUAUUAAACAUGAUAAAAGAGAUAUUUAAGAGGGAUAUACUGUAUAUGUAAGAUGAAAGAAAUCAACAUCAGUUUAAAAGAUGUUUGACCUUACCUCAUGUGUCAUGAAUAGAAAUGAGAAAAAAUAAUACAAGGAGUUUGCAAAGGAUUCUUACUAAUUAUUAGCCAACUGUGAAGAACUUCAGUGUGAAAAGUGAAAUAUAUAUAUAUAUACAUAUAUAUAUAUUUGACUUUUUUGGUGAGCAACACUUUUAACAUGAAUAGAUUUUAUAAAAUGUAAAAAUGGAGGCAAACAAAACAAGGUUUUAUUAAAUCAACAUGCAACAGCAUACUAUAAUUGGCAGAGAGUCUAAGGACAGUGAAGUGAGAGGAUUGGUGGCCACCUCCUGUAUUACCACUAUCUGCUGCCACCUGCUGCCAUUCUACUGCCAAUGCAGGGAUGAUCUAGUGUAGGGGCCAAGAGGUCAAGGUUUGGCUGGUUAGCCUGGUCCAGUUAACCCUUCUACUGGUACAUGCUGUAACUAAACCAUUCUGGGGGCAAAAAGCAUCUCUCUCUAUUGACAACCAUUCAAAAGUAGCCUUCUGUAGUAUUCUGACAGAAUAAAUCUUUU